AUUAUCAUUUAUCACCAUAAAAUUUUAGCAUUUCGCGAUAUAUAAUGUGUAACUAGCUUUUAUAACGAGUUUCUCUACAAUUUAAUGUAAUUCGUGGAAUAUAAAUACAGCUAUAUAUUUAACGCGCCUAUUAUUAUUAUUAUUUCGAACAUAUUUGUUUACAUUACAAUUAAAAAAAAAAAAAUUAAAUUUUUAAUAUAUUGUUUUAUAAAUAAACAAUCUUUCAAUUAAAUUUUUUAUAAAUUUAUUAUUCUAAUUACUCAUUUAUUAAUUAUAAAAAAAAAUAAAUAAAUUAUUUACAAAUUAAAAAUUUGUUUAACACUAUUUUGGAGUUAAAAUGUCUUGCAGUUAUGCUGAUGGUUUAUCACCUUAUCAAAACAAAGGAAUUUUAGGCUUAGAAGAGAAAUAUGAAAGUGGUGAAACAUUGAGAAUAAAAUGUGGAUUACUUGCUGAUUGGAUUAAAUCAUCAAGACAUGUUGUUGUUCAUACUGGUGCUGGUAUAAGUACUGCUGCUGGAAUUCCAGAUUUUCGUGGACCAACUGGUGUCUGGACAUUGGAGCAAAAAGGUCUCAAACCAGAAAAAAGUAUAUCAUUUGAUGAUGCUGUACCAACAAAAACUCACAUGGCAUUAAAAACACUAAUUGAUAAUCAAAAAGUAAAAUUUAUCAUAAGCCAAAAUAUUGAUGGGCUUCAUUUGAGAUCUGGUAUUUCACGUCAAAAUCUUGCUGAGUUACAUGGUAAUAUGUUUGUUGAACAGUGUGACAAAUGUGGAAGACAAUUUAUUCGUAAUUUUGCAACAACAAGUGUUGGAAAAAAAUCACUUGAUACUGUUUGUCGAUCAGAAUCAAUUGGAGGUCGUCCAUGUCGUGGUAAACUUCAUGAUACAAUUCUUGAUUGGGAACAUAAUUUACCAGAUAAUGAUUUAGCAUUAUCUGAUCUUCAUUCCAGUGUUGCUGAUUUGAGUAUAUGUCUUGGUACAACAUUGCAAAUUAUUCCAAGUGGUAAUUUGCCACUUUAUACAAAAAAAUAUGGUGGUAGACUUGUAAUCUGUAAUUUACAACCAACAAAACAUGAUAAAAAAGCUGAUCUUAUUAUCAAUGGUAAUGUUGAAGAAAUAAUGACAAAUGUUAUGAAAAAAAUUGGUCUUGAAAUACCAGGAUAUAACAGUGAAAAUGAUCCAACACGUGAUCCAGAUACUUCAUCAAUAAUUAUGGAUUGGACAGUACCAACAAGUCGUAUUAAAGAAAUGAAAGUACUUUAUAAAAAAGUAUGCAAACCAACAAAAAGAAAACGUAAAACAUUUAUGUAUGAAAGAGAUAGAGAUGAUGAUGAUAAAAAUGUUUUAAAUAAAAAAAAUAAAACAAGAAAACAAUCAUUACCAAUUAAAGCUGAAAAUAAUUAUCCAAAUAUUGUUGGAGAUAAAAUUGAUAAAGCAGAUAAAACAGAUGAUGAUGAUGAUAUUGUUGAAAAUAAAACUUCAAAAAUUAAUAAUAUUGAUAAUGUUAAAAAUGAAAUGGUUAAAAUCGAAGAAGAAAAUUCAAAUGAUUAACAUUUUUUCUUCUUAAUUACAUACACACAUGUGGAGAAUAUUAAAAAUUUUAUUUUUUUAUUUUUAUCAUCAUGUAAUUCUUCAAUUUUAUAGUGCCAUUUUAUUUGUUUUUUAAAAUCAUUUUAAUAAUAAAUAUAAACUUCUUAAUGUUUUAAUGUAAAAACUGAUAAUUAUCAGUAAAUUUAUGUGUUAAAUAUUAAGAAUUAUUAUUGUCGAUAAAUAAUAAUAUAUAAUUUAAAAAAAUUAUAAUUAUAAGAAUGAAAUUUUUACUUAUUUUUAUAUCAGAAAAAAAUCGAAAUUUAUUAAAUGUGAUUUAUCAUUUAACAUUUGAAUCAAAAUUUAUUAACAUAAUAAUUAAUUUUAACAAAAAAAGAAUAAAUUUAUCAAUAUGAAAAAUAAUUUUUUCUUCUUUUUAUAAAACCAAAUAUCAUAGAAAAAUUUACAUAAUAAUUUACCAGGUUAAUUAAAAUAAUUAAAUUUAAUUAAAUCUAUUUAUAAGAGUAUUUUUUUUUUAUUACAAAACAUUGUUUUUUAUUGUUUUUUUUUUUUUACAUAAUACUUUUUAUCACUAAGCAGACUUUGUACAUCGAACAUUUUUUUGUUUUAUAAAUAAAAAUAAUAAUUUGUUCGUUAAAAGAUAAAUAAAAUAAUAUAAAACGGUUGUACGUUAAUCAGUUUAUAAAAAUAUUGUAUAAAAAAAAAAUUUAAAUUCGCAAUAUUGUCUAGAAAUAUAAAAGUUAAUUUAAAUAUCAUCAU